AUGUAUGUGUCACUAAUUAUUAAUCAAUUUAUUUUUAUCUCCAUCCCCCUUGCCUUCACUCUUUUUGCAAGGAUUGAAGUUAUUUUAAACGAUGUGAAGGAAGCUCCUUUUUGUCUUCACGGGCCAACUACCUUGUUUGAAAGAUUUUAUUUUUGUAAUAAAAGUUCUGGAGAUAAUUCUGGUUCACACUAUGAAUCUAAAAGAUUUUACGCCUGUUCUGCAUAUCGAGAUAGAAAACUCUGUUCUUUUUAUUGCAAAGAAGAAGAUCUCAACAAACACCCUCAACGCUCCGUUUCCUCGCAUCAUCUUUUACUACCAUAUAAAACUACUUAUUAUAAAGAAUCGCUGAAAUCUGCUUUGCGACUUUGUAGUGUUGGAAAAAACGUUAAAUAUUGUGAAGACUGUCGCCUCCUCAUAUAUGAAACUUUCCAUAAUAAUAAAUAUAAAGCAGUUACAAGUGAAGUUAUUAUCAACCAAAAACACACCGAUCAACAUACUACUGUGAACCUAACAAAGGAAACUAUACUACAGCCUUCCUUUGCGCUGAAGCCGUUAUCUCAAGAUAAAGGCAAUGCCCAGUUUUUUUUUUCUGCUUCCACCUGCUCCGUUUUACUCUCUAUUCUUAAGCAAACCCAAUCUAAUAAUGUUCUUUGCAUUGGCACUCCAAGGCUUCACGGGUAUAUCCAGCGAGAAAAAGUCCUUUCAAGCUGCGAAGUGAACAGCCUCUUGCUAGAUCUGGAUCCUCGCUAUAAAGUUUUUUUUCCGACAACAUUUUGUCUUUUCAAUAUGUGCAAUGGCCACGUGUUUAAUAGUGAUGAAAAAAAGCGGCUUACAAGUUACUUAAAAGUUUGUGAUGCUGUGAUUGUGGAUCCUCCAUUCGGUGCUCUGCCUGUACUAGUCUCUUCGGCGCUGCGCAAAUUACUGGAGAGUGCAUCUUCGAAAUUUAUUAAAAUCUUUUGGAUCUUCCCUAUUUUUUUAACAUCGUUAUUGCAAACAUGCGAGCCCUCACUGAAGCCGCUUCACUACCGCGUCAACUACGACAACCACCACGUGUUUAAGAAAAGAAGAAAUGAAGAUAUUUCAUUGGUGAGAAUAUUUACGAACGUUCCUUUGAAGCAGAUUUCUUUAGCAGACGUUGAUGGCUAUCAAUUCUGUCGGUAUUGCGAGAUUUGGGUCAGCCAAUACAAUUGGCACUGCCGGCGUUGCAACACGUGCACUUCCGUUGCGGGGCGGAGGCGGUAUGUUCACUGCAGCGAAUGCAACACGUGUGUCAAACCUCACUACAUGCACUGCGUCGCCUAUUUAGAACUUUUCAGGAAAACGUAAAAUUUUGUGUUGUUUGCGGUGAAGAAGGCCACA